CAGAGAAGACACCACGAUGACUGAUCCAAACAAAUCUUCAUUUAUUCUUGUGGAUGACUUCAGUUCUGUUUAUGAGGAGCUCAACUUUACGUGGUAUAACUACACAGAGUUUUUACCAGACCCGGCCACACACCCCUGCACCCUCAGCAUCCCAGAUGCUGUGAUGAUAACUGUCAGUAUAUUUUACAUUCUCAUCUUCCUGUUGGCCAUUCCCGGAAAUCUGUUAGUGGGGACGGUGAUUGGCCUGAGCAGGCAUACCCUGCCUCCCUCGGACCUCUACCUCCUUCACCUGGUGGCUGCAGACCUCAUGUUGGCAUUCACCCUCCCAUUCUGGGCCACUUCUGUUACGAUUGGCUGGAUCUUUGGAGAUGCCAUGUGCAAAAUCAUCAGUGUCCUCCAGGAGCUGAGCUUCUACUCAAGCAUCCUCUUCCUGACCUGUAUCAGUAUGGAUCGCUACAUGGUGAUUGUCCGGGCGAUGGAGGCCCGCAAGGCUAAUCGACAGCUGGUCAGCUGGUUGGUGUGUGCUGCUGUCUGGACUGUUGGAGUACUUCUGUCCUUGCCCAGGUUCUUCAGCUCUUCUUCCUCUUCUUCUUCUACCAAAUACAACAAUACUCAGAUGGGGUGUUCUGAGCAGUACGAUCCCAGCAGUGCUGACGAGUGGCGGCUGGCCACCAGAAUCCUCCGCCACACUCUGGGCUUUCUCAUCCCUUUGUCCAUCAUGCUGCCAUGUUACGGAAUAACCAUCCGGCGCCUCCUCCACCUCCGUGGGGGGUUUCAGCGGCAACGAGCGAUGAGAGUGAUUGUGUUUGUGGUUGUGGCGUUCCUGCUCUGCUGGACGCCAUACCACGUUGCAGUGAUGGCAGACACAUUUUUCAGGGCUAAAAUCGUUCCCUACCAGUGCCCAGAGAGGAUGGCAGUGGACCAGGCCAUGUUUGCAACCCAGAGUUUGGGGCUGCUUCACAGCUGCAUAAACCCAGUACUAUACGCGUUUGUGGGUGAGAAAUUCAGGAGGAGGCUGCUCCAAAUAUUGGUUAAGAUGGGUAUCUGGGAGAAAACAUCCACUUCAAGAAGCAGCAGGUCUUCAUUUUCAUCAGAAAUCACAUCCACAUUCAUCUGAAGUGACGUUUUAAUUAUUGAACUGAUAGAUCUCAAGUGUUGGACAGCAGCAGUGGUUCCGAUGGGGCACUGACAUUUUUUUUAAAUAUUUUCUACCUUUAUUCAGCUUAAAUUUUUUUAAAUAUGUAAAUAUGUCUUGUUUGUUAUGUCUGUUCUAAUUUUUUGCUGCAUAUUAGGCAGUAUAUUGUUGAAAUAAGCUCUAAACGGUCUCUAAAUAUAAGUGAAAAUAUUGUGCAACAGGAAUUCAAAGUCACAAUGUAGAGACUGAACAUUACUGAUAGUCAUAAUUCUAUGCAGAUGAAAGCUUUUGGAGGCACUGAUUUGCAGCAAAUUACUAUGGCCUUUAGAGCUUUGUAUUACAAUAGAUGUGUAAGACUUUGAGACUUUUUCUGGCUUGAAUGCAGCAGGUUUUUAUUAACGUGUCAAGCAAUAUGCACCAUCUGUAUCACUGAAGUCAUCAUUAAAGUUUAAUAAAAAAAUCAACUCUUCUCACAUUUCAUGAUUGU